AUACUAUUAUUAUCAGUACCGGAAAUGCGUUCGGUUGCCGUCGAUCGUUUGGUAGCCGACAUAUUAUCUUUGAAGAGAACGCUUUGCAUAUAAGAAAUGAACAUCUUUUUGCCCAUUAGCAGUUGGUAGAUAAUGGUAUUAUAUCAUGAGACGUAAUUUGAUAUGCCAGUUCUGUUAGAUGGGAACACUAUCUGCUUCGCAUGUAUAUACAAGUUUCCGGUGAACCAAAAUAAGAAGAGAAACCUUUGUUUGAGUUAAUGAAUUAAAAACUAUUUGAAAGUGAUCUGUGGAACAGUAUAAUUCAGAGAGAUGAGGACGGAAGUUACAGAGUCACAACCUUUCAAAAACUUAAAAGAAUUAUUCGAUAACGUGGGUAACUUGAAACCAUGGCCAGAAAUUGGAGAACUACGAGAUUCAACUGAUUAUGUGUACAGUGGUUUAGAAAUAAGCGCAGGAAGAACGCGGUUAGAAAAAUUGGAUAGAGAAGUACAUCCGAAAACGUUGCUCUGUCAUGAUAUGAAAGGUGGCUACCUAGAAGACAGAUUUAUAUGUGGAUCAGAAUCUUAUGAUUCUUACCUAUUUUAUCAUUGGAGUGUUAUUGACACUUUUGUGUAUUUUAGUCAUCAUUUCAUAACUGUGCCCCCUUUUGGAUGGAUUAAUGCAGCACAUAAUCAUGGUGUAAAAGUUCUUGGUACUGUAAUUACGGAAAGAGAAGGUAUCUGGGAUGUUAUACUUGAAUCUCAGGAAGAAGUAAGAAGAUUUGCAGAUGCACUAAUACUUGUUGCAAAAUUUUAUAAGUUUGAUGGCUGGUUAUUAAAUAUUGAAAAUACCAUUAAAAGUGAGCAAGUUAAUAAUUUAAUUUAUUUUGUAAAAUAUCUAACAGAAAAUAUUCAUGAAGCAAUUAGAAAUUCUGAAAUUAUAUGGUACGAUAGCGUAACCAAUGAAGGAAAAUUAAAUUGGCAAAAUGAGCUUAACAGUAAAAACAUAGAUUUCUUUUUAAACUGCGAUGCCAUUUACUUGAAUUAUAACUGGAUGAAGUCAAAAUUGAAAAACAGUUUGGCACUUGCAAAAAAUCACAGCAGAGAUAUUUAUGAUAUUUAUGUAGGACUUGAUAUUUGGGGAAGAGGUUGUCCUGGCGGUGGUGGAUUUAAUUCAUCAUAUGCUUUACAAAAAAUACGACACGAAGGACUUUCUGUUGCACUUUUUGGUCCAGGUUGGACUCACGAAUUUUUCGGAUCUAAGACAUUCUAAGAAGUAGAAGAUCUAUUUUGGGCACAGUUGUUUCCUUAUUUACAGCAAACGGAAGUCAACACGAAUCAAUACUAGUUCUCGGCAAUAAUACCUGCUUAAAAUCCAUCGUUCAUUAUAAAUCAAUGGAUUUGGUUGACAACUGGAAAAGAUGGUUCAAUAACGAAUCCGUGGUUAACGGGAUAACGAAUAUACUUUCUUCCAAAGUCUAAGUCGGACUGUUUGCUAAAAACGUGAAAUAUCCACUGAUCGUAUGGACGUUGUUUUACUCGCUGAUGAGAUCGCACGAGAAUGUUCCUCUCCAUCACAGUGAUGCUACAGAGAAAAACUAUGAUGGAGUGUGUCUCAGGGCACGAGAUGAUCGGAUUCGUCGAGGACAACCCUCGUUCAGAAAGUGAGGGAAAUGGACGUUGCCGUUAAUUGGUUAAUUUCUAUGUAUUUACUUAAAAUUCUAUAUAAGAGUUGGUCGCAAAUAAUCUGUUAAUUAAAACAGAAAUUUCUAUGUUGGUGGUUAGAGAAAGAUGCUAGCCGCCAUUGAAAGAAAGUUGCUAGCGGGAAACGUCGUUCGUGAGGAAAGCAGAUCUCCCGUAUCUUCCGGACUGUUAGGAUAAAGACUGUUUGUCAAUUUGAAGGACCUUAGUCAAUUAAAUCCUAAAAUUUAUAGCGGGUCCUCAGGCUAGCUGAACAUAUACUGUGAAUGAUGCAUCGACAUCUGGCAAUCAUGUUGCGGGAAUAAUUGGGUCUGUGUGUGGCGAGCCAGGGGGCAAGGACAGUUGGAAUGUUUACUGUUGGAUGUCAGUACAACUGUUUCUGUUUAAGGAGAGCUAUGCAAUUCUAUACUAUCUAUGCUAUUCUAUUCUAUGCUAUCAAUUCUUCUAUAUCUGUUACUUUCAGUUUCUUUCUAUAAAAGGCUUCAUGUGGUGCUUUUAACAAAGAUAGUUGUGGUAUUAUCUUAAAUUUCAAAUCGUAAAUGGAGAUAUAUUAAACCUUUAGUUUGAAAAUUAAUUUGAAGUUUUUAAAAGGUGUCUUUAAGUUCAUAAUCUUUUUUAACUGUUGCAUAAAUGCAAAAAAAUAUUCUAUUUAAACGACAAUUUAAAUUGAAAAAAAUUCACACAGGAGAAUAUUAACAAUAAUUUUACUAUUAAUUCUAUGUAAAAAGAGGAAGUAAACAAUAUUCAAAUUAUUGAUUUAUGUAAACUUAUUUUUAUUCGUUUUCUGAAAUUACAUAAACUUUUCUAAAUUCUAUAAAAUAAAAAUCUUUUUCAAUGGAAGAACAUUUUAACAAAAAGAGUCUCUUAGAUUUACAGAAUAUACAGAAAAAUUUUGUAUGUUUAUGAUUUUCCCAACAAAAUCAUACAAUACAUAGAAAUGCCAAUAUAGUCUGAUGUGUGAUCUCGAAAUUCUAAAAGCGUCGAAGAAGUCACGUUAGUAUUAAUGUUCGUAAUACUAUACCCUUUCUAUUUAACAUGAAAUUUUCCUUUUUGUUGUUAGUGUUUAAAUUUGUGUGGUUUUUCUGAUUUUGAAAAUGACGAAUGAAGAGUUAGUAUUGUAUAUAUACGUGAAUCAUAGUUUAAUUUUCAUGAAAGUGGGUCAGGGUAUUCUUAUUUCUCACAAUGAUGUACGAAAAAGCUUGUUUGAGCGGUACAAUUUUUCUCUACCGACGAUCUAUCCUCAUACUGACGAAUCGUCGCCACGAUCGUCACUAAGUAUCGUGAUUAAGUGAGAACUCUCGGCUAAUUUGGCCACACGCUUUCGAUGUAGACACCCGUAGAUGUUAAAACGCAAGUUUGAACGAUAGGUCCCGCGUGCUUUAAUUCUCUUAAUGAGGAAUCGUUGUAGUUCUCUUGUCUGUUGUACGGUAUGUUGUACGCGUUACGAGAAGAAUGGAAGAAUGGAAUCGGUUACUUCCCACUAUGUUAGCGAUACACAAACGAUGAACAAAACUAUAUAAUUCUGUAGACGUCAGCCUACAACGUCCGAAUUAACAAGUCGGGUAUGAGAAACCCGGCCUGUUCGGUCUCGGGAUCGAGUACCCGUCUUAAGGGAAGAAGCAUAACAGAGCUUAAAUAUUUCUGGAUCUUCGUUAUAAGAUCAUAGAUGAUACUCGUGUCAUUCAUAUCUUUCGUCAUAUCCUAAUUGAGACGUAACCAUAUUCUGUUCACAGUCGAUACGUUCGGCCUUGUAGCUUGAGUCUACGAAGAAAUCACGACCUGUACGAGACGUUCAGAAAGCUUAUUGAACAAACUCAAUUGGCUUGUGGCUCGCAAGUUGGCAAUCUUGUGAAACGAUCUUUGCAAGAGCUGAUCCAUCUAGCUUCUACUGUGUAUAAAAUAUUGUUCCAGCUGUGCUUUUUGCUUCUGUUUCGCUGAUAUUGGAAAUUGUAUAUCGGCGAGAAAUCAUGUUCCGUGUUUGUUUAGCAAGGUAAAAAUUUCAAAUCGCUAAUAAAAAUCUAAAAUCGAAGAAUUUAUUAAAGAUCUCAAUAAUACUUGAUUGUAAAAUUUUGUUGUUUGCUUGUUUUAUUGUAGAUCUGAAUUAAUGAAAAAGACAUUCUUUUUUAUUGAAUAAAUUUGGAUAAUUUUAGAAAUUUCUUGAAAUUCUGAAUUUAAAUUCAUUACUCAUUUAUGUUUACAACCUAUAAGAAUAUUUAUUCUAAUAAACAAGUGAAUAUUUUUUGUUUGGCUGCGAACAUUAGUGGGAAAGUAUGUAAAUGUUAAUACCGUUGCAAAGGAAUAUUAUACAUUUCACACAGUUCUAUUGCAAAAUGAGUAACGAUUUUUAAUUUAAUUAAGAAAUAAUUUUUUAUCAAUCUACGGGCAUAAAUAUAUCUAAAUAAUCGUAACAGUCGAAACUAAAAUUUAUAGUAAAAUUAUUUUAUUAAUAUCAUUUAAUUUUAUACGUAUUCGAAACAUAUGCUCAAUUAAUAUUAAAUUUUAAUUCACCGGGCAAAAAUGCAAAGUUCGUGUCAAUCAGAUCGAACAUCUCGUACAUUUGCAUCAUAUCAUGAAUGAAUAAACUAUCAGCGAGAAAAUACCAGAGUUUUAAGAUGAAUCGAUUAGGAUAGUAAACGAUUAAAUUUUUUUUUUUUAUUUUAUUUUAUUUUGGUUUUUUACAAUUUGUCCUUAUGGACAUUUGGCAAAGUGUUAUAUCUUAUUGGUGAAAAAAAAAUAAAAUAAAAAUAAAUAUAGCAAUAUAGUGGGUGGCUACCCCCAGCGGGGUGCCAGCCUCGUUUUUUCUAAGUUAUAUCUUUUAUGAUAAACGAUUUAAUGAAAGAAUUAACUAACGAAUGUCUAAAUAACAGAAGCAUAGAAUGGGAGUGAGUUCUCGAGGAUAGCUGACAUUCCUAAUCUCACGUGCACAUUAAUCACUUACGAUACGUAUUAUACAUAUAUAGGAGUAGCCCCUUUUGUAGAUGUUAAUUCGUCUCUACGUUUUCUUCUGUGUAAUUCCGGUGUUUCAGUAGUCUAGUUACAAUCAAAUUACAAUAGAGUUAUUUCGAGAAAAAAAAUAAUUCCGCAUUCUGCUAAUAUAAAUGUAAUAUUGGGAGAUAGAUGGAUCACCUGUUUCGAAUGCUUCUCGUUUAUUAUUAUUGUUGAAGUGAUCGCCACUUCUGAGAAAACUCUACAUCUGGUCUUUCUUCGGUUUCUCAAGCGCUAAGGUCAUCGAUAGCGCGUAGAUAGCGCACAAAAGAAUGCGUCGAUGACAGACCAUAAGCGGUACACGUGCGACGUUGGUUUCGGCGGUUCUUUUAGUCUCAGGGUAACGUUGCUAGUGUCACGUAAAAUAAUAAUGAAUUUAAGGAGAAAAGAAACUUUUAUUUUUCUCUUUUGUUUACAAUACACUUCCGAGCUCUAGACGUGACCGUUCAAGACUAUCUGACUGCUCUACUGCUCUUACUGAGGAAAACUCGGUGUGGGUGUUCCCUUUUGAACUCAGAACGCGGAUUCGUUGUCCACACUUUUUGGUGGAAAAGUGAGGGUAAUGAUCCGCGAUGCCCAUUGGUAAAUGAAUUAGGUAGUAAAGACAAGGAGAGCUAGAUAUGGCUCGUGGGCAUCCUUGUUCAUGGGAAAACUCUUAUCUUGCCAGACACCCGCUUUCUCCGUAUUAGGUAAGAGCGUGCAACAAACAUAAACCGAAAAUGUUUACGUGAAGGAAACUGAAACUGAACAGAUUGGGUUUAUGUCGUCUUCUUAGGCCUGUUGCGAGUUAAUAGAACAAUAGAUAGGUCUUGGCGUCCGGACUACGGGGAAUCUCGCAAGGAUCGUCACAUCUGGCGUACCACAUGGCAAAAGGAAAAUUGAUUCGUGACACUAGCGAGAGGAUCUGGAUCGGCUUACAUUGUAUUUCACAUUUUGUACUUUAUUAUUCACAAUAUAUAUACUUUCAAUACCUUACAAUUUACCCACGCAUUUCUUUAAUUCCACAUACACCGAAUAACCUUAACACUGAUUACAGGAAGGGAAUACCGUGUGAGCGAGCCACUUCCGCAUUCGACCGGAAACUGCAAUGAGUAUAGCUAUGGAUCCGAGGGCCACGCUGAGUGUUCGCCAGAGGACUGCGUGCCCCUUCUCCCCAAGAUACCACUUGCAUCAGAUAUAUCGGACGCACCAGAAGACGAUUUCGAAAUUUUCAACCGUGCCAGGGAUUAAGAAAUCGACGAGAACUUCUAAAGAACGAUUAUCGGCUGUUUCAUGAAAUUUUCGAACGCGUGACUCGCGAGAGACUCGGCUUUCACGUAAUCGCGGUCUUCUACGUGUUUCGCCUUUACCUAUUAAGCUUUUCUUCCUUAUUCGGAAUUUGUUGAUCGAUAUGAAUUAUACGUAAAGAUUGAACAAUGUUAAUCAUUACGUUAACGUUAAAAUGAAUUAUUUAAAUUUGUGUGGUUUUUCUGAUUUUGAAAAUGACGAAUGAAGAGUUAGUAUUGUAUAUAUACGUGAAUCAUAGUUUAAUUUUCAUGAAAAUGGGUCAGGCAGUUCAUUUUUCUCGUGCGUCUUUCAAUCAUUCCAUAAACUAUUGUGUCUGUCUUGUAUCCGUGGGAUCCCGUGUCCGCUUAAAAAUGGUUGUAUGCUAAAUAAAAGAAAAUCCUACGGUA